AUGCGGGGAGCAACCAUCCUCAAAGCCUCUGAUGACAAAACGAGAUCACUCAACAAGCAUACGCUAGUUGCAUUCUCCGGCGAGGCUGGUGAUACAAUCCAAUUCUCCGAGUAUAUCCAGGCAAAUGCGCAGCUCUAUUCGAUGCGAAACGAGACAGACUUAUCACCUACGGCGCUGGCACACUAUGUCCGCGGUGAGCUCGCAUCAAGCUUAAGAUCUAGAAAGCCGUACAACGUCAACCUGCUACUAGGAGGCGUCGACCCCAUCACCCACAAACCCAGUCUAUUCUGGCUGGACUACCUUGCAGCUCUCGCAUCUGUUCCCUAUGCUGCCCACGGCUAUGCACAAUAUUACUGCCUCUCGAUCCUAGACAAGCACCACCACCCGGACAUGACAUUUGUGCAAGGACUUAAGGUGCUUGAGAUGUGUACAGACGAACUGAAGCGGCGUUUACCUAUUGAUUUCAAGGGCAUGACGGUCAAGGCGGUUACAAAAGACGGCAUUCGGGAGAUUGAGUUCAACGACGACAAGAUUGUUAAGUGUGCAUAA